GUUACAACAUGGACAGGUUUCAACCGGCACAACAAAGCGUCACUUGAAGUCUACCUGUUGCUUGAAAACCUACAAAAAUUUUAUUGUUUUCGUCUAAAGCUUGUCAAUAAAAAAUAAUAAUCAGCAAUUAAAUUAAAAAAAAAAAUAGUGAUGGCGGGCUUGGAUAGCUCAAUCACUAUUUAUUCAUCUGAUGAUGAUCAGGUAAUUGAUGAUUCAAAGUCUCGUUAUAAUAAAUGUACUCGGUUCAGUAACCAAUUAAUCCAGGAAACCGACGACGAGAGUUUAACCGAUGAUGAAGAUAAAAAUCCAGCAGAUACAAGUAUCAUCAAGGCAAUACGUCGUAGUAUUUUUAACGUCAGCCGAGUGCAAUCCACUCCAUCAGAGACUGAGGACAGUGAAUCAGAUGUUGAUGUAACUGGAACUGAAGAUCAAGUUGGAAAUAAAAUAAAUGAUGGUGAAAAAAAAUCUAAUUCAUCAUUGAGUGAUCGGGAAGAUAAUGAAGAUCAUGAAGACUACAGUGUGAAAAAUAGUAAAACCAGAAAAUAUAUUAAUAAGAAAAAGAAAGCCUUAGUUCUAGUCAGUGAUGACGAUGAUGAUGAAGAUGAAAAUCACAAAACAGAGGAUAAAUGUAACGAAAAGAGUAACAGUAUUGAUAGCGGCAAGAAUACAACGAUAGAUACCAGUGCUGAUAUUAGUCAUGAAGAUCAUAAUUCCAAUGAUAUUAAAAUAUCAAAAAAGAAGCAGAAUAUUGAUAGAAACAUUUCUCAUAAAUCUAUUAAUUCGUCAAGUGAAAUAAUAAGUAGCAAUGAUAACAGUAAGGUUGAAUAUGAUGAAUAUGACAUCGUUGAAGAAGAUAGUGUUCAUCAAAAAGAUACUCAGCCUGAGAUUAUUGAUAUUGAGUCUGAUAAGUCAGCUCCAGCUACCGAUGACGAGCAAAAAAUACCACCCAAGAGAUCAAUACCCAAAAUUCUUAAUAAAAGUCAGCUGAAAAAAGAAAUCAAACGGCUCUUAUCAGAAAUCGAAAGAUCGAAGAUAUUAUUGAUGCAAGUAAACGUUGAGACUCUCCCUGAUAAAGGAAAAAAACUUAGAAUAUCGAUGGCAAAAAACCAAGAACAGAUAGACGAGUACAAAAGGCAAAUGAGUCUAUUAGAGGAAACUGAAGAAAGUAAUUCAAGUAUUGCAUCAACAGAUUUGAGUCACAAUCUAUCUUCUGACAAAGAUAAUUCUUUGCAUGACAACCCCAAUCUUCACCACAGUCACAAUUCAUCAGGAGAAAACUUAAACUAUUACCAAAAAUUCAAUCGUGCACAAAUGUUGAAACCUACUGCAAGUACAAUUAUAGAUGGACUUGGAAAAAAAGCAUUGGAGACAUUUAAAAAUGAACAGGCGCUGACGAUCGAACGUUUAGAGCAUCUCCAUGGGUCUCUUGAAUCGCGACCUGCCGAGGACCAUCGAGCUGAAGACCCAAGAGGGCUCGUGAUCCGACUUAUGCCUCAUCAACAGCAUGCCUUAGCCUGGUUGCUAUGGCGUGAGAAACAAAAGCCACGUGGUGGCGUUCUUGCUGAUGAUAUGGGAUUGGGCAAAACUCUUACGAUGAUUUCAUUGGUGAUAAAAACUCUGGCAGAUGAUUCAAGCGAUGAGGAGAACGAUGACAAUGAUGACGAUGAAUGGUUGAGUAAAGGAAGGCAAUCAAAGUAUAAAGGGGGAACACUCGUUGUAUGUCCGGCUUCAUUGAUUAACCAGUGGAAAAAUGAAGUAGAUAAUCGCUGUAAACGUGGCGUACUUGUUACUGAGGUAUAUCAUGGCACUAAUCGUGAAAAAGCACCCAGGCGUCUUGCCCGUAACGACAUGGUCAUCACAACUUACAACUUAUUAGUGCGCGAGUCGAAAAAUAAUGGGCAGAUUUAUCAAAUUACAUGGAAACGCGUGAUAUUAGAUGAAGCUCACGCGAUUCGUAAUCAUAAGAGCCAAGCUUGUGAAGCAGUUUGUCAAUUAAAAACUCAUAAACGAUGGGCACUAACAGGAACUCCAAUUCAUAAUAAAGAAAUGGAUUUAUUUGCGAUUCUUAAAUUUUUAAAAUGUUCACCAUUUGAUGACAUACGAGUUUGGAAACGUUGGGUAGAAAAUAAAAGUGAUGCUGGCGUUGAAAGACUUGCCACGGUAAUGAAAACUUUAAUGCUUCGUCGGACUAAACAAGAACUUACAAUGAAAGGUGAGAUUGAUUCUCUACCGGAAAAACACACCGAUAUUAUUAAAGUGUCAUUAGAUAAAGAUGAACGCCUUGUAUACGAUAAAGUGAUGAUGUACUCACGUACUAUUUUCGCUCAGUUCUUACAUCAACGAGCGGAAAAAGAAACUUUGUACCAACUAGGUGCUGCUAAUUAUAAUAAAUCUCAAAAUUACCACAAUGCUAAAUUUAAUAAAGCUCAGCAACAAUUGUUAGCUCGUCAUGCUGAUGUCAAGUCACAUCAAAUUUUAGUCCUUCUGUUGAGACUUAGACAGAUAUGCUGCCAUCCAUCACUGAUCCAUGCCAUGUUAGACAAGGAAGAGAUUGAAAUGAAUGGAAUUGAAGAAAAACUAGACAAUGAUGAUCUCAUUACCCAAAUGGCUCGCUUGGAUAUUUCCCACAGUACUUCAGACCAGGGGGGGAAUGAUGACGAAGAUGGAGAGAUAGGAGUAGAUGAGCGGGUCUCUGAACAUCUCUUGACAUCAGAAAACCCAGUGUUUAAUUCAGAUCGCUGCAGCUCAAAGUUAUCUGUAAUUAUAAAACUUGCCCAUGAUAUUUUAGAGAAGCGGGAAAAGUUAAUUAUUGUUUCUCAAUGGACUACGUUCCUUAAAACAAUCGGUGACAAUUUAAGCAAAAUACCUGGAGCAACUUAUGAAAUGUUUUCUGGACAAGUAGCAGUUAAAAAUCGUCAAGGAAUUGUGGAUUCGUUCAAUGCUAGAGGAAAUCCGAAAAUUCUUUUGCUGUCACUUUGCGCCGGAGGUGUUGGAUUAAAUCUCGUUGGUGGAAACCAUCUACUUCUAGUCGACAUUCAUUGGAACCCUCAAUUAGAAUCUCAAGCUCAAGAUCGUAUCUAUCGUUUUGGGCAAAAGAAAAAUGUCUAUAUAUAUAAAAUAAUUUGUACUGAUACUAUUGAGGAACGUAUUCAACAGUUACAAGAAAAGAAAAUGGCACUUGCUGCUUCAGUAUUAGGUGGCGCCAAAAAAGGCUCGACUAAACUAUCGCUGGACGAUUUAAAGUCGCUUUUCAGUAUGUAAGCUUUCAUUACUAUUUGUUUAUAUUUCAACUUUUUUGUUUAAUUAAUUUAUUUUUAUUUAUUGAUUAGAGCCGCAAUUAUUUUUUAAUUUUGUUUAAGGAUUGUAAAUUCUACACUAUUUAUAAGAUCGCGUUUAAGAUAAUUCUAAUCGAUUUAUUAUUAGUUAUUAAAAACAACUGAUUUAUUUUUAUUAUUAUUAUUUUAUUUUGUCAAUUAAGAGAAGUAGUAGGCUAAUGUCUUGAAUGUUAACGUUUUCACGCGAUGUACAUUGUUCCGAAUAUCUUAAGAAAAGUAUAUGAUAAAUUCUCAUGAAAAAUAAAUAUAUAUUAUAUAAUA